AUGUUGACUUAUUUAUUGUUUGGAAAUGUUUUGUUUUUUCAAUGUGUAGGUGAUGAUGAAAUAAUUAAAGUUGGUGAUAAAGUUAUUCGAUUUAAAAAAGGUGAUCGUGUUAUAUCAAAUAUUGAUCCAACUCAUUUAUAUGGUCCAAGUCGAAGUUGGUCAUAUAGUUUAGAUGGACCAGUUGAUGGAAUGUUGACUCAAUAUAAAGCUUUAUUAUAUACUGAUUUAAUUAAAAUUCCUAAUCAUUUAUCAUAUGAACAAACAGCCUCACUUCUACGUACAGGUACAAAAACAUGGAAUGCAUUACUUGGAAAUAAUCAACUUUUAUCUGGUCAAACUGUUUUAUUCCAAGGUACAGGUAGUGUUUCAUUAACUGGUUUAAUGUUAGUUAAAGCUGCUGGUUGUACAAGAAUAAUAAUAUCUGAUGAUGAUGAGAAAUUAAAACAAUUUAAAGAUAAAUAUGGUGUUGAUUAUAAAAUUAAUAAGAAAAAAGAACCGAAUUAG